GAAUCGGGUGUAUUACUCAACUUUUUAUGUAUGUCUUAUGUGCAACACUAAAUCCUACUUGAAACUAAAUAUUCCAGAACGACUUUGCAGUACUCCUGUCGCUGAAAUGACAAGAUUCUGUGAAUAUAUCUGCGUUAUCACUCAGGCGAACCGCUGGUGACCACCUGCCCCACACUUCACGCACAGGAGAGUUCACGGUCUCCAUCCGGCCCAGCAAUGGCAGCGGCUGCUCCUCCUCGUCUGCACUCGCAGAAUGAUACGAUUAAAAGACAGAGCGCCAGGUCUGCCUUAGAAAUCUUACUUCAGAUGGGAUUUCCCAAGCAGAGAUGUGUGAAGGCCUUGGCAGCCACAGGAGACAGAGGAGUGCAGCUGGCCUUAGACUGGCUGCUGUCACAUGUGAAUGAUCCAACACUGGACCAAGAUAUCCCACGAGAGUACAUCCUCUAUUUGUGUCCUGUGGGUAAGCUGCAGGAAGGAUUGGCAACUUUUUGGGAGAAGUCGUUAGCCACCUUUGGCUGGAACAGUGCACACAACUUCUUCCCUCAUAUGACCCUGUGCUCAUUCUUUAAGGUGGAGGACAAAAAACUGUCUGCACUGGAACACUGUCUGGCAGCUCUUAAGGAUGAUCUGCAGAAGGCUCCAGGAAAGCUUCAGCUUGAUCUGUUCUCACAAAAAGGCUUCAUUGGGCUUAUGGUGGCUGGCCUUUAUGACAACUUUCUGGAAGGGAUUGUGUCCAAGUUUGCAGGACUGGUUAAGGCUGAAGGCAUAGUCAACAAUGGGCCCAAGAAACAGCUGCAUAUAACCCUCGCCCACCAGCAUGCCUCUGAACAUCAUCCUCGUUUGGAGAAGCUUGCUCAUGAAAUUGAUCUUAAUGCCGAUGUACGGUGGGACCUGAGACUGUACUCUCGUGACCCUCGCCUGGCUACUUCUGAGGUACGCAAGGUUGUUAAGGCCUAUUCGCCAGAUCAGGAUGAUGAGUUGGAAUUGAUCGAGGGCGACUACCUAUUUUUGACACCUGGUCAGAACAGUCCCGAUGGCUGGUACACAGGAACAUCUUGGCUGACUGGAGGUACUGGUGUCUUCCCAUAUAUCUUCACACAACGCACAUCGGAAACUUGGCUAUGGGCACUGCACAGGUCUCUUCCAGUGUCAGAGGAAGCAGUAGCAACCAAUGGUGUGGCCAGUGGUGGGGAUGGUGACUACGACAAUAUCUGGCAGUCAGAUGAGCUUUAUGCAAAAGUGUACAGAAAGAAAAAGAGCCAGGACAAUACGGGCAGCCCCAUCAUUGCCUCUGCACCACCGCUCAAGCAGAUGGAGGUUAUAGAAAAGAAGCCUCUUAGCAUCCUUGUCAUGCGUCAUGGCGAGCGCUGUGACUUUACCUUUGCCAGGGGAUGGUGUGAAAAAUGUUUUGAUUCCAAAGGAAACUACACACGUUACAACCUCAAUCUGCCACGCAGAAUGGUGCCCCGCAAAAGUUUUAAGGAGUUUGAACAAGAUGCACCACUCACAGAGAUUGGGCGAUGUGAGGCAAGACUUACAGGGGAAGCUCUGAGAGAUAGUGGUGUAACCAUUAGCUAUGUCUACGCAUCUCCUGCUUUGCGAUGUGUGCAGACAGCACAAGAGGUGCUGAGAGGUGCUGGAUACACCUGUCAGUUGUGCAUUGAGCCAACAGUUUUUGAGUGGUGUGGGUGGUACAAGGCAGGGCUGCCCCCGUGGAUGCCACCUGAGCAGCUUGCUGCAGCAGGGUUUUCCGUAAACACAAGUUACGUCCCUUUCAUUGCUGCUCGUAACUUAAACCUAGCCGAGAAUGUAGAAGAAUACUACAAUCGAUGCACCAGUUUCAGCCGCCAUGUGGCUCGCAAACAUGAGAGUGAAGGUGGAGGUGUUCUGAUUGUGGGCCAUGCAGGAAGCCUUGAUGCAUGUUUACGGCAGCUCUGUGGUAAGAACGCACGCACCAACAACGAGUUCCGCGAAAUCUUGAACCAAUUUCCCUAUUGCUGUCUGGCUGUUGCUCUUCAAGACCCAAACAGCAAACGCUGGGCUCUAACAGAACCACCAGUAUCACCGUUAACUCAUACUCAAAACAAACUUUUCAACUGGAAAAUAUUACAGUGAUCACAAGAGAGCCUGUCAAACAAAGAGCAACAAGGAAAGAAAGAAAAGGCCCUGAUAUCACCAGUGAUAGCACUAGGUGCAGUAGGAAUAUGGAAUGUGUCCUUAGCCUGCAAAAGCAGUUUCCAAAAAAUUAUCAUGGAGGCUUAGUGGGCACAUAGGGAAGCUAAGAUUGUCAGAUGUAAAACAUAAGAAUUGACUCAAAAAGGCAUCUGUGAUUAUAAUGCUGUAGAUUGCAAUAUCCUGGAGGCUGCUUUAUCAUGCUGUCCCAGGGAAUGUAAGAAGUGUUUACUCCCAGACCUGAAAUUUUAUUCACCUUACCUGGUGAUCGUCUGGACUGUCAGCUUGGGUUUGCACCAUGCAGAGCUGUGCAUGCAAAUGUCAAUGCAAAAUAACAAAUGGACCAUGUGGGGUGAACAAAAUAUAUAGAUGCAUGUCAUGAAGGACAGACACAAGCAGUGUCUGCAAGCUGAUGUGAUGUGUCUUUGAAUUUACGAUCACAAAUUUUUCACAAAAAAAAAAAAAAAUGAGAACAUGAAGAAAACGAGAAGAAAUGAAAAUAAAUAAGUACAGUUGAUAACAGGACUGUGAACUGUGGAUGAUAGCAGGAGAUUUUGGCAACUUCAGCCACAACUUCAGAGGUGAUGACAAGCCCGCACAGUGUUCCUGAGGGCAUCAUGCUUGCAACAUGGCAACAGGAUCACUAGUGUCGGUGGGAGGCAAAGGGAAAUGUAGCCUCGAAUCACUUUAAAAUAAAGAUUUUACAGAGUUCCUUCAUAUCUCCUGGUCACUUUCAGCUGCAGCCUUUCUUUUUUUCCGAGCUACAUUGCCAUAGUACAGACUGUUGCUCAGUUACUGCUGUCUGCAUGCAAAGAGGUUUGGAAAAAAUGUAGGUGUUAGUUUUCAGAAGACGAGUGCACUGUUGGGCUCCUCGGCUUAAUGUUAAAGAGUAUUAAAUAGGCUUAUAGUGCUGGAAUCUACUGUCAGUGGGUUUUUAUAGUAUGUAACUAUUGGUCAGAAAGAUGUUCUUGUCAUUGACAUCUAAACUAUAGCAUUUAUUUUUGUACUUCGAGCUACUUAGCGCCCACAAGAGAGAUGUUCUUAAUAUUUAAAAAAUUUUACAAAUUCACAAGCUGGUUGGGGGUCUUAGUGCCACGAACUGACAACGAGAUCUUGGCUUCUAGAUCCUGCUGUCUGAUAGUCACUGCAUUAUGAUAAAGCCACGAUCUGGCUAGGAGAUCCUGUGAUACUCUUGUGAGAAAUAAGAUUCCUGUGCAUGCAGAGAUAUACACAUACAAGCAUAAAUAUACUCAAAUAUAAAACUGCACGUUGUGUUCAGAAUUUUUCAGAUAUACCCUUUGGGAAGAUCAUAAUAUGUGUGUAUUGCGUGUGUGCAGAGAGAGAAAGUGUGAGUUUUUUUAAAGUUAUGAGGUAAAAAAUAAAUUAAUGAUGUUUUAAGCAAAUGUCUUCUGAAACAUGGUUUUUUUUCCCCCUUCAGUACACUUCAGAUUUCUUUGCUGCUCAGUUUUUUCAUGUGCUUUUAUAAUGUGGCUGUUGACAGGAUCAGAGCUAAAUGAUCUGUCUAUUGACAGCCUGUUGUUUCAAGUUUUAUCUUAUGCUUAUUUUAUUUGUCCAAAUGUCUUAUGAAUGCACAGUCUUAUCCCUUGCUUUAUAACCAGGCUGUUACCAGCAUGUUGUAUUAUAACUUCAUGUGUCAUUGCGUAUCUUUGUGACUUGUUUUGCGUGCAUUUAAAGCACAACUGUCUGAUGUGAACAAUUGCUGGUGGUGGUGUGAAUGUAGAAUUCAUAACAUACUAGCUUUUUAAUGAGUCACGAAGCUUACAAUGUGACUUAUUCAUGAAGAAAGUUGACAACCAGUGGUUGGGUGGGGAAAUCCUAAGAAGUAGAACUUGAAAAUUAUUUUUGGAUAAAAUUAACGAAAACCACUUUAUUCUCAAGUCAUAAUUUAAAUCAUGUCUCAGUUUUUGAAGCAACAAAUUUUGAUGACAAAUGUUAAAUUCUGCUUUAAUGCAGUAACAAGAAUUUCUUUACAACUUUAAAAUUUACACUGGCAGCAUGUUUGCUGACAAUUGAUGAAUGAUUUUGUUGUUGUUGUUGUUAAAGCUCAUUUUUGUGGAAGACAAACAUACUUGUUGACUUGCUUACCCUGUGACCUCCUGUGACUUUGUGAUUCGCUUACCUCGUGACUUGCCUUCUUGCUUGUAAAGUGGUGGGCAUGUAUAUGGCAGCUUGGAUAAAGGUACAGCAAUCUGUACAGCAGUAUAUUACUGUGGUUUGCCUGCAUUCCAGAAACAAAAUACAGUUUACUAUGGAUCUCUUUACUGUCUCCUAACAUUGAUGUUUCACAUGUACUUCCUGUUCUGUUAAAACAAAGGCUGUUGUGUACCAAGUUUUAUUUAUUUGAAAUUCAAAGUUUUGUGAAGUUGCAGUUGUUUUCUUUUGUUAUUCUUUAAGUAUUGCAAACCUAAAUAUUUUUAAGCAUUUUUGCUUUUAAUAAGAAUCUGGCUAGCUCACAGUGCUCCACUUUCCCUAAACUGUUGCUUUGCAAAGAGAGUGAGAUUUUGCUGACGAAUGUGAUCCACUGACAUUGUGUCAUUAUUCUGUGCCAUCUUACAUGAUGACCUUUACACACUUUCUCACUUGAUCCAUGAAAACGGAUUAUCAGUGUAACAUUUUGUUGUUGCUGUCACUAUUACUGCAAGUGUUAUCUACUAUGGAUACUUGAAAAGUAUAUCUGAAUAGGAAGACCACAUCCUGUGAAAAUGGUGCUAGAGUUUUGUCUAGUCUUUCUUUUAAUAUGGAACUGCAUUAAAAAAAAAAUUGUGUAGAUAUUGUAAAACGGGCUUUUUUGUUUUUAUUUCGCAUAAAUAUCAAAUAUUUUUAAUAUAUGACAAAAUAUUUUUACUGUACAUGUACUGGAAGUUAUAAGGCUUGAAGGUUUUCAGGCUGACUUCCUGUGUCUAAUGGUUUUAUGUUCCUUCUUCCUGAUUUCAUUUCCUCCUUAUUUUUUGAUGAGCUGAUAAAAAUAUGGAGUAGUUCAGCAGAUGUGACAGAUCUGUAUCUUUUAAGCACCGAACAAGUUUAAAAACACUCUGUGAAUGUACUGCACAUUUUGGAUUGCAAGUGAAGGCUAAUGCAUGACAGAAGCAUUGUUGUAUAAUGUGUGAGAAACGCAGCCACAUCUCGCAUUGUCUUUACACAGCACAGUUGGCUACUCACAGAAUUGUGGAUGUGUGAUAUCAUAGGUAUUACUGUGCUUUGACUCCAGAGAGAGCAAUUGCAAUAACAAAUAGUUAUGUAUCAGUAUGAUUGUUCCGACUCUGCAAGACUCAUUUUUAAGAAAUAUAUGUGCAAAGAGCACCGAUUGGCUGUCA